UUUGGCUACAUCCCCUCCCCUCUCCCUUUUCUUUUCUUUUUCUUUUCCAUCUCUCUCCCAAUCAAUAUAUUCUUUUUUCUUUCUAUCUAUUAGUUAUUUGUUUUAUCCCUGCCAAUUCGAUUGAACCCAUUUUUCAAAUUCCAUUUUUUAAUUACAAUUAUCAUUUAUUUUUAAAAUGCCGCUUUACGACGGUCGUCCGCUCCAGCUUCUCCCAGGUCCUCUAGUCAUCGAUGACCCACACGGGCACCACCCACAAGGCUGGCAACUCCGCCUAACCGGCGAAGCCUUCACCGACUACGAAGCCUACCUUGAUCGCCUAACCUUCUACCGCAAGCCGCAUUUCACCUGCAGUCUCACAGGCCAACCAAACCUAAACUACGAACAAGCCCUGCUAAGCGAACGAGCAGCGCAUCAUCGAUCAUCCGGGAUUGGAUUUUCAGACAUGCUCGUCUGUGAAAUGCUCACUUUCCUGAGCCAAUCCACCUUGUCCAUCUCAUUGGCUGUCGACGCGCUGUACUAUCGGUUUCAGUACGAUUUUUUUAUAGGCGAACAUAUAGAUGUCAAGUACCCAGGGACCCAGGGGGCUAUGUACGAGUGCUUUGUGGUGGGGAUUGGGUCGAUGCCGCCGGUGUUGGUAGAGAAUGAAACUGUGAUGGAUGCGGCCGUAGAGAGGCUUGGGUAUGGGGCUCGUCGCGUAGUUGCGUAUGAGGAACGGAAACAGCGCAUGUACUCGGUGCGGCUAUAUGACAUUGAGGGUGUGCCAAUUGCCGAUAGUGACAUUAGUGUGCCGGCGACAGAGCUUGGCAGGUCGCGCAAUGUUUUCACAAAGGUCGCGCUGAGGCAGUUCCUCGACGAUAACAUGGACAGGGCCGCUAGACCCGGCAGUCCGUGGAUUGUCAAGCCCGAGUGGCGAGAGCGCUUCCGUAUCCCAUAUAUGUAUGGCGGUGAAGCGCGGUUGCUGCGUAGUGUUGGAAAUGCUGGUGGUAACAAGGCAUCUAGGGCAACAGCAGAGCAACACUCUGGCAAUGCCCCUGCUGCUGCUUCUCCGGGCUCUGCAUCUGCUACUGCUGUCUCGACUGGUUCAAAGCAGAAGACUGCCAAUGUGGUUGUUGAUCCGUAUGCGGCUGAGAGAGAAUUCCCUGUGCGUGGCGUGCGCAAGUUCCCUAUUGACGACUUGGAAUUCCAACAAUACCAGCAUGUCAAGCUGAAUGAGGGCGUAGUUUGGGCGGCGAGACGCAAACUCCACGGCGAGAAAAAGCCCGUAGCGCAGAUCACCGAUUUUUUUCCGAUCAACAAGGCCAAGGACCAGGAUCGGGAUCAGGACCAGGAGGCAGCAGCAGCAGAGGAUCAGGACCAUGAGGGUGAGACUUUGAUGAAGUGGCCGGAGCCUCUGUGCGAAUGGCAGGUGCCAGUGUCCCUGGUGUCGCGGAUGCUCUCUACGUAUAUGUUCAUCAGCUGCUUCGGGUCAACACUGGGUCUGAGCGCAUACUCGCUGGACUAUUUCGAGCUCGCACUAGUGCACAACACGCAGAACAGUGUUUUUAUCGAGACCGUACUGGCGCUACUCAAUACCAUUGCAGAGGAUCGCCGGCGCAAUCCCAAUGUGUAUAGUCGCCGCAUUGAGGCCAUGAUUGAGGAGCAGGAUGCCAGCGUCAGCGACAAGGAGGAGGAGAUGGACAUUGACUCAGAGACUCUACCAGCUUUGCUGUUGGGUUCAAAAAAUGCAAAGAAAAGCGGCCGGAAGGCUUUGCUGCUACCGGUUGUGCGGAGGUCGACGCGAAUGCGGCAGGGUGGCAGUGCGCUGGCCAACUCGUCUGUGGCAUCGUCAGAGUGCGGAUCUGACUCAGACGCCUCUGGGACCGAGACAACUGCGCGCCGUCCAACACGCGGCGGCAACCGCCUGGCAGCCAUCAAGCAGCAGCAGCAGCAAAAGCAAAAGCAGCAGCGUGGCGGCAGCGUCAGUGUCAGCAGCGCGCCGUCGUCGGACAACGAAGACAGCGCCAAUGACAAUGAUGAUGACAACGGGAAUACUGACAACACGCCCAUUGCUGUUGAUAUGCAGGCGCUCGGGCCACACGCGCUGCUCCGGCACCUAUCGCGCACAUGGGCGGACACGCAAACGGCGCGCGACGCGUGGGCCAGCGCACUCGCAGGCUGGGUUCUCGAGGCCUCGCACGCGGACUACGCAUCGGAGCUGCACGCGUUGCGACGCGCUCUAUGGGACAGCAGAAGCGACACCGGCGGCCUUGAGGCGACACUCUGGGGCGCCCUGGACGGCUGCGCAUCGCGGCUGCAGCUUCUCGAGGUGCUCGUGGGCGAGUGCACGAGCAUCGACUGCGUGCGCGAAUUUCUGGAGCAAAGUGCCGAGCAGAGCGUUGAGCUGCGACGCGAGCGCGUGGAGCUGCGGCGCGAGGCCAAGCGCGUGGCCGAGCAGCUGGACGAGCUGGACCGCGCCGACCAGGCGGCAGUGGCACUGGGCGAGUCGCGUGAACAAGGGCGUAAGGAGACUGAGGUCGGGGCUUUGCGGCUGAAGGAGCGCCGGCGACUCGGCGAGGCCGAGCGCCAGCAUCAGAAGCGGCUGGAUGCGGUUGAGCGCGAGCUGCGGCGCCUGGGCGUUGGCCGCCUGGUGCCGCUGGGCUGCGACCGCUACUUGACACGCUAUUUUUUCCUUGAUGGGAUCGGCGCCUGUCCGCUGUCGGGCGCCUGUACCGGCCGCGUGCUGGUGCAGCCAGCGGCGUGGCCGGAGCUGGUCGAGCAUUUUGCCGGGCAGCCGGGCUUUGUGCGCGCCGCGUGGCCGCUGGAGUUGCCGCCGGUGUGGAGCGGCGGCGCCGCUGUCAGCGACUUUCUUGGCCGCGCCGAUCACGGAAUCACCAGCAGUGCGCCGCAGCUGGCGGAGCCGCAGCUGCCGCUGGCUGAGCUGGCGCGCGCCGGCGAGCUGUGGGGGUACUAUGCGACUACUGUGCAGGUCGACGAGCUGCGCCGGUGGCUGGACCCUCGUGGCCGCCGCGAGGCUGCGCUGGCCGCGGAGCUGGAGCUGGUGCAUAUGGCGCUGGGCGUCAGUCUGCGUGCGCGCUGCCGGCUGCUGGAAGCCAGCUUUGAUGCGCGCGUCAGGGCGCGCGAAUCACUGAGCCAGCGCCUGGCCAAGGCUGAGGCUGAGGAAGCUGGGCCUGAGGCCGCACGGCUAGCGGAGCAGCUGGCGGAGAUCGACCGCACCCCGGUCCCCAGGGUGCUUCUGCCCCCCAAUAUCCUGGUCGGCGGCAGCAACGGCAUCAACGAUCCCAAUGAUGCUAAUGAUGCUAAUGGCACCAAUGGCAGCAGCCGCGCCAGCAGCAUGGAUCCUGCGGCCGUCGACACUGAUUUGUUCGUACAACAGGCCAACUCGCUAGCCUCGGCCAAGCGGCUGGCUGCUGCGAAGCCUGGCAGGGGCAGGAAGCCCAAGGUGUCCAGAGCGAGGAAGACCAUUGUGGACCACUUUUUGGAAUACGAAAACGUUCUUUAAAAAUAUAUACUAAGCCUAACAAUUAAAAUAGAAGAAACAAGAUAGCUCGUGGUUUUUCAUUCCUAUUUUUGUGCAACAAAUCAAUACGAAUAUUAAUAUUGUUACGCAGCCCGAGGAUAUGGAGGUAGACGCGGAGGGCGAAAAUCAUGAGACGGAUUCUCGUCA